UUAAAGGAAGAGCCAAGGCUGGAUGUUCUGAUAAAUAAUGCAGGGGUGUUCCAGUGUCCGUACAUGAAGACAGAGGAUGGGUUUGAGAUGCAGUUUGGUGUAAACCACUUGGGUCACUUCUUGCUCACCAACCUUCUUCUGGGCCUCCUCAAAAAUUCUGCUCCCAGCAGGAUUGUGGUAGUAUCCUCAAAGCUCUACAAGUAUGGAGAGAUCAACUUUGAAGACUUGAACAGUGAAAUAAGUUACAAUAAAAGCUUUUGUUACAGUCGGAGUAAGCUGGCUAACAUCUUAUUUGCAAGGGAGCUAGCCCGUCGCUUAGAAGGGACAGGAGUCACCGUCAAUUCGCUUCAUCCUGGGAUUGUCAGAACGAAUCUAGGCAGGUACGUGAAUAUUCCUCUGCUGGCAAAACCUCUGUUCAACUUGGUGUCAUGGGCUUUCUUCAAAACACCUCUGGAAGGAGCCCAGACUUCUAUUUACUUGGCCUCUUCUCCUGAUGUCGAAGGUGUAUCAGGAAAAUACUUUGGGGACUGCAAAGAGGAGGAGCUCCUGCCCAAAGCCAUGGAUGAUUUGGUUGCAAGAAAGUUGUGGGAUAUCAGUGAAGUGAUGGUUGGCUUAUUGAAAUAAGUGCUGGGGGUUGUCUGCAAAAUAGAGUGCAGAUAACUGUGGAACACGUUUGUAACAGUGUAAUUCUCACUGUAAGUGCUGUGGGA